GCAGGCAUCCUUAAACUCUCACUUAGUGGUUGCUGCUGUGGCUGGGGCAGGCUGGGGGAAGUCCAGGGUUGGAGCCGUCGCUUCUCAGUUUCUCCCUAACUGCCCUGCUCUCCGGGCUCUGGUGUUUGUGCACCGAGUCCUCUGUGUAGCCUUCGUGGGAUGAGUAGAGCUAGCUGACAGGGUUUUUCCAUGACUUUGCUGGGAACGAGCUUUGAGAUCUGGAGCAAGGCUAUCCCUAGAACAUUAGGAUUCUGGAAUAUGAAGAGCUCUGAUGCAGUAAUGGGAAGAGCUAGGUGGUCUAUUAAAAAAAAGAAAGAAAGAAAGAAAAACUCUCGAGAGUUCGUGGUAUUUCCACACCUGCAGCAUCUAAAAGGGAGGUAUCCUUGCCCACCCAAACCCACACACUCACUAGUUGCUGCAGAGUUAGUUUAGGAAGGAGUGGACUUCCAGAGGAUUUGAAUCUCAAUGUCCAUACCCUUGUCUUUGGUGAGACAGAGGUGUAGGGGGAAAAGCGCCCAGCCCAGGGGCUGGCUGACAGUGGACUCAGGGGAAUUGUUUGUUUGUUUCAAUUCGAUCUGGAGUGAGUCAUUGCCACUUGUCAAGGUGAAAUGGCAAAUCUGGGCUUCCUGUGGUUCCGAAAGUCUGUGACUGGAAAUCCACAAGCAAGCUAGUGGUUGAAACUGGUUAAAGGGCAGCAGUAGGUAUUCCAGAAGUGUUCAGGGAUUCUCCAUGAGGGGAAAGGAGAGGUUUAGAAACCUCACCUGUGUCUUCAGCAUUAUUUUUCAAAGGAGACAAUCAUCGAAUAGUUUGAUGAGGACCAAUUUAGUGGCUCUCUUCACCCAUCCUAAGGUAGAAUGGGGAGAGGAGGAAAUAGGUUCUUUUGUCUUUUUCUGUCCUCUCCCUUCCCCCAUCUUCUUCCCCCGUCCCGACUCACUCACAUGCACACACUAACCUUGAAGCCGAUGAGAUUGAGUGACUGGCACUUGGGACCACAGAGAAAUGUCAGAGUGUUUGGUUACAGACUCAAGGAAACCUCCCAUUUUAGAGUGCUCAUUUGAUUUUAAGCAAAAUUUGGGACUCUGAAUCAAGGCAUUGGAUAAAGACAAAAUGGCAUCACCGGCGGACAGCUGUAUUCAGUUCACCCGCCAUGCCAGUGAUGUACUCCUCAACCUUAAUCGCCUCCGGAGCCGUGACAUCUUGACGGAUGUUGUCAUAGUCGUGAGCCGAGAGCAGUUUAGAGCCCAUAAGACAGUCCUCAUGGCCUGCAGUGGCCUCUUCUACAGCAUCUUCACAGACCAGUUGAAAUGCAACCUCAGCGUGAUCAAUCUCGAUCCCGAGAUCAACCCGGAGGGGUUCUGCAUCCUUCUGGACUUCAUGUAUACAUCCCGGCUCAACCUGCGAGAGGGCAACAUCAUGGCUGUGAUGGCCACAGCCAUGUACCUGCAGAUGGAGCAUGUUGUGGACACUUGCCGGAAGUUUAUCAAAGCCAGUGAAGCAGAGAUGGUUCCUGCCAUCAAACCUCCCCGUGAAGAAUUCCUGAACAGUCGGAUGCUGAUGCCCCAGGACAUCAUGGCCUAUCGGGGUCGUGAGAUGGUGGAGAACAACCUGCCACCCAGGAAUGCCCCAGGGUGUGAGAGCAGAGCCUUUGCCCCUGGCCUCUACAGCAGCCUGUCCACACCACCAGCCUCUUAUCCCGUGUACAGCCACCUCCCUGUCAGUAGCUUCCUCUUUUCUGAUGAGGAGCUUCGGGAUGCCCGGAUGCCUGUGGCCAACCCCUUUCCCAAGGAGCGGGCCCUCCCCUGUGAUAGCGCCAGGUCUGUCCCUGGUGAGUACAGCCGGCCAGCCAUGGAGAUAUCCCCCAGCGUGUGCCACAGCACCAUCUACUCGCCCAAGGAGGUGGCCCCAGAGGAGGCACGGAGUGACAUGCACUACAGCGUGGCUGAGGGCCCCAAGCCUGCCGCCCCCUCAGUCCGGAAUGUCCCUUACUUCCCUUGUGAUAAGACCGGCAAGGAGGAGGAGAGGCCCUCCUCAGAGGAUGAGAUUGCCCUGCAUUUCGAGCCUCCCAAUGCACCCCUGAACCGGAAGGGUCUGGUUAGUCCACAGAGCCCCCAGAAGUCCGACUGCCAGCCCAAUUCACCUACGGAGUCCUGCAGCAGCAAGAACGCCUGCAUCCUGCAGACCUCGGGCUCCCCUCCGGCCAAGAGCCCCACUGACCCCAAAGCCUGCAACUGGAAGAAAUAUAAGUUCAUCGUGCUCAACAGCCUCAACCAGAAUGCCAAACCCGAGGGACCUGAGCAGGCCGAGCUCGGCCGCCUUUCCCCUCGCGCCUACACUGCCCCACCAGCCUGCCAGCCGCCCAUGGAGCCCGAAAACCUUGACCUCCAGUCCCCAACCAAGCUCAGCGUCAGCGGGGAGGACUCUACCAUCCCACAGGCCAGCAGGCUCAAUAACAUUGUCAACAGGUCCCUGACAGGCUCCCCCCGAAGCAGCAGCGAGAGCCACUCGCCUCUCUACCUGCACCCUCCCAAGUGCACAUCCUGCGGCUCCCAGUCCCCGCAGCACGCGGAGAUGUGUCUCCACACCGCGGGCCCCACCUUCCCCGAGGAGAUGGGGGAGACCCAGUCUGAGUACUCGGAUUCUAGCUGUGAGAAUGGGGCCUUCUUCUGCAAUGAGUGUGACUGCCGCUUCUCUGAGGAGGCCUCACUCAAGAGGCACACGCUGCAGACCCACAGUGACAAACCCUACAAGUGUGACCGCUGCCAGGCCUCCUUCCGCUACAAGGGCAACCUCGCCAGCCACAAGACCGUCCAUACGGGUGAGAAACCCUAUCGUUGCAACAUCUGUGGCGCCCAGUUCAACCGGCCAGCUAACCUGAAAACCCAUACUCGAAUUCACUCUGGAGAGAAGCCCUACAAAUGCGAAACCUGCGGAGCCAGAUUUGUACAGGUGGCUCAUCUCCGCGCCCAUGUGCUCAUCCACACUGGCGAGAAGCCCUAUCCCUGUGAAAUCUGUGGCACCCGUUUCCGGCACCUUCAGACUCUAAAGAGCCACCUGCGAAUCCACACGGGAGAGAAACCUUACCAUUGCGAGAAGUGUAACCUGCAUUUCCGUCACAAAAGCCAGCUGCGUCUUCACUUGCGCCAGAAGCACGGCGCCAUCACCAACACCAAGGUGCAGUACCGCGUGUCGGCCACUGACCUGCCGCCGGAGCUUCCCAAAGCCUGCUGAAGCAUGGAGUGGUUGAUGCUUUCCAUUCGAGCCCCUUCUCAGAAUCUACCCAAAGGAUACUGUAACACUUUACGAUGUUCAUCCCAUGAUGUAGUGCCUCUUUCAUCCACUAGUGCAAAUCAUAGCUGGGCUGGGGGUGGGGGGAGGGGCAUGGGGACUGGGAGCCAAGACUGCUCCCUUCCCCCACUGCCAUAAAACAUUAAGAAAAUAAUAUUGCUUCUUCUCCUAUGUGUAAGGCAAACCAUGUCAGCAAAAGGCAAAAUCAUUUUAUAGCAUCAAAGUGGGGGAGUUUGCAAAAGUUCUGACUUGACUUAGUCUGCAAAAUGAGGAAUGUAUAUGUUUUGUGGGAACAGAUGUUUCUUUUGUAUGUAAAUGUGCAUUCUUUUAAAGAAAAGACUUCAGUAUGUUAUCAAAGAGAGGGCUUUAAUUUUUUUAACCAAAGGUGAAGGAAUAUAUGGCAGAGUUGUAAAUAUAUAAAUAUAUAUAUAUAAAAUAAAUAUAUAUAAACCUAAAAAAGAUAUAUUAAAAAUAUAAAACCGCGUUAAAGGCUCGAUUUUGUAUCUGCAGGCAGACACGGAUCUGAGAAUCUUUAUUGAGAAAGAGCACUUAAGAGAAUAUUUUAAGUAUUGCAUCUGUAUAAGUAAGAAAAUAUUUUGUCUAAAAUGCCUCAGUGUAUUUGUAUUUUUUUGCAAGUGAAGGUUUACAAUUUACAAAGUGUGUAUUAAAAAAAAAAGAACAAAAAAAGCAGCCGAAGGAAAAAA